AUGAGAAACAUUAAAAUAUCAGCAUUCAUUAUUUUUCUCUCUCUUUCUAUACUAUCACUUCAUGUUCAAUGCCGUUCUCUUAAAUUGGUCUCCAAUGGAGUUGAUAAUGUUGAAUCCUCAGAAGAAGAUUCUUUGCUGGUUCUUAGUAAUGAAGGGGAGUAUUGUAAGCAAAUGUAUGGUUUUUUGCCAUGUUCUAGUAACAUAUUUGGUCACUUGUUUCUGAUUUUGGUUUAUGAGUACUUGUUGUUCCAUGGAGAAUCAUAUUUGGCUGCGGGAGGUGAACAGGUUUUCAAGAUUCUUGGUCCUGGUGUUUUUGGUGCUAGUGCUUUUGAUAUUCUUGGUGCUCUUCCAGAGUCUUUGAUUCUUCUUGUGACUGGACUUUCAAGUGAUAAGGAGAGGGCACAAGAGUCUGCUUCCACUGGUGUUGGUUUGUUAGCAGGAUCAUCCAUCUUGCUUCUCACAGUACUAUGGGGAACUUGUGUUAUUGUUGGCAAACAAGACUUGAAAAGUGAAUCUAAUUCUCAUUGCUCAAAUUCAUCAACAGGAAGAAUAAAACAAUCUUUGAUUGGUUAUGGCAUUACUAUGGAUGUAGACACUAGAAAGAUGGCAAGAAAUAUGGUUUUUUCUGUUAUACCACUCCUCAUAAUGCAGAUUCCCACAUUAUUUCAUUUCUCUACAUCUUCGCGCAAUGUCACGUUGAUGAGUUCUCUCAUCAUUGCUGUCUCUUUUCUCAUCUCAUACUUCAUUUACCAGAUCUUUAAACCGCAGAUUGAGAAAACAAGGCUAGAAUACAUAAAACAUGAUGAUUUAAUAUUGAGAAUUUUCCAACGCGUUGAAAAGCAAACUCUGCAAAAGAUUCUAGCUGAGGAUGGAACUCCCAAUGUAACUGCCAUAAGCGGGUUAUAUAAUGAAUUCAGUCAACACGGGAGGAAGCACUUAUUAGCUUCGGAAGUAAAAGAGCUUCUGCUCGGGAGCAAUUUAACGAACACGAACAUCAGAGAUGAACAGAUAGAAGACAUGGUAAAAGCUUUUGACAAAAAUGGUGACCAAGUCAUAUCAAGGGAAGAAUUUGUUGAUGGCUUAAAAGAAUACAUUAACCAAACUAAGCAUGCUUUGGAUAGAAAGUAUCUUCCCAAAGAGUCUAUGAACAAAAUGUAUCAGGCGUUUAUUAAGCCGUGGAUUGAAAAUGUGAGAAAAGAACGCGAAUUGAAGGGACGUCUUAUUUCUGAAGUUUUAAGUCAUGCUCAGAGUGAUACGGUUGGUAAGCUGCACAAUGAAGACGGUACACCCGAUAAAGAAGCUAUUAAAAGGUUGUUUGAGGAAGUUAACAUCGAUGGCGAUGACCAUGUUUCGAGAACCGAGUUAGAAAAAAUAGUGAAGGACAUUCAUUUUGGCAAGGGUGUAGAUUCAGAAGAAGCAGUCACAAAACUACUUCAAGAUCUUGAUGCCAACAAAGACAAUGAAAUCAGUGAGAAUGAAUUUGUUGAUGGUUUCACCAAAUGGAUUAGCUCAAAUUCCAACAAAACUUCAACCUCAAAAUCUUCUCAUCAUCAUCAUGAAACUCAUCAAACAUGGGAAGAGGUUGAGAAGGUAAUGGAAGAGACUCAAUCCAAAGGAGUGUCUGCAUGGUUUGAAGCUAUAGCAUACUUGGUGUUGGGAAUUACUAUGCUGUCACUUCUUGCAGAGCCUCUAAUAGCAAGUGUUCAAAAAUUCUCCGAAGCCGCGGGAAUUUCAUCGUUUUUCAUCUCGUUUAUUUUAGUCCCUUUGGCUACAAAUUUCAGAGAAGCAACAUCAGCAAUCAAAGAAGCUAGUCACAAAAAAAGUAGUAAUACUUCUCACACCAUGUAUGAGAUUUAUGGAGCAGUGUUCAUGAACAACAUUCUUGGUUUUGUGGUGAUAUCUAUUCUUAUAUAUAUGAGAGAUAUUACUUGGGAAUUUUCAGCUGAUGUAUUGGUGGUGGCCAUUGUUUGUGCUGUGAUGGGUCUUGCGUCGGCUUUUCGUACCACUUUUCCUCUUUGGACAUCCUUUCCUGCAUACCUCUUGUACCUAAUAUCUUUGCUUUUGGUUUAUGUUCUCAAAGAUGUUCUCAAUUAUAUGUAG